AUGGAGGAAAAGGUCGACGCCCACGAGGUCGUCGUGCAAGGGUCCGAGAUGCUCAAAGCCGCCAUGGAGAAGGAACCCCCUCAGCCACGGCACAAGCGAAUGCUCCAACUGUACGCCAUCGUGACGGUCGCGUUCCUCUGCUCGAGCAUCAACGGCUACGACGGCAGCCUGAUGAGCAACAUGCUAGUCAUGCCGACGUUUGAGAGCGAGUUCGGCGCGUCCAUCGUGGGGAUCAAAGCCGGGUACAUCAGCGCGAUGUACACGAUUGGCGGCGUGUGUGCGUUACCCUUUGUCGGACCCGCGAGCGACACCUGGGGCCGACGCGCGGGGAUGUGUAUCGGGUGUGGGUUUGUGAUACUGGGGACGAUCAUCGAGGGAACAAGUAACAUUUCAGGCAAGCUUGCGCAGUUCCUAGCGGGGCGGUUCUUCCUCGGGUUCGGAAACAGCAUUGCCGCCUCCGCGGCCCCGAUUUAUGUCGUGGAGAUCUCCCACCCUGCGUACCGCGGGGUCAUGACGGGCCUGUACAACACCAUCUAUAAUGUGGGGAGCAUUGCGGCGGCGGGGGCCCUGCGCGGCGGCGAAAACCACGCGGGAAAUACCGCCUGGCUGAUCCCCACGUGGGUGCAGAUGCUUAUGCCCGGGCUGGUGUGUGUGUUGGCGUUUUGGCUUCCCGAGUCCCCGCGCUGGCUGUACUGCAACGACCGCGCCGAGGCGGCCCGGGCCGUCAUCGUGCGUUACCACGGCCUGGACCGCGAGGACUCGGCUUACCUGCAUCUCCAGCUGGCAGAGUAUAGCGAGGGUCUCAAGCUGGAUGGCGCAGAUAAGCGCUGGUGGGAUUACAGGGCUUUGUUCAAGGACCGGGCCUCCCGCUACCGGCUGAUGUGUAAUCUCAUCCUCUCCGUUUGGGGCCAGUGGUCCGGUAACGGCUUCACCAGCUACUUCAUGCCCGCGUUUCUGGCCACCGCGGGCGUCACAAAUGCCCUCACCGUCCUGAACAUCAAUCUCGGCACCUCCUUUUCCGGCUGGUUCAUCUCCAUGGCGGGCGCGUCCUACGUCGAACGCAUCGGUCGACGUACCUUGUUCUUCAGCGUGCUUCUCGGCAUCUCCUUCUGGUGGGUCAUGAUCACCAUCUCCGCCGCCAUCUUCCAUCAUACGGGGAGCAAGGCCGCCGGCGACGCCGCCAUCCUCUUCGUCAAUCUUUUUGGAGCCACCUACUCCUUCGGCAUCACCCCCUUGCAAGCCCUGUAUCCCGUCGAGGUGCUCAGCUAUGAGCAGCGCGCAAAGGGAAUGGCCUUCUCCAGUCUCGUCGUCAACGCCGCCUCCCUCGUCAACAUGUUCGCCAUGCCCGUCGCCAUCGAGCGCAUCGGUUGGAAGCUCUACAUUGUUUUCGCCGUCUGGGUUCUGGUCGAGGCUGCCGUCGUCUACUUCUUCCUCGUCGAGACUAGGGGCCGCACCCUCGAGGAACUAGAUCAUAUCUUCCAGUCCGACAAUCCGCGCAAGGCCUCCAUCGCGAAGAAGAAGCUCACUCUCGACGCUGACGACAAUAUCGUCGAGGUCGCUGAAGCUUAG